ACAUAAGGGACUGUUUCUCAUUAUAAGGAUCAUAAAAAAGAUCAUUUGUUACAGAGUGGCAGGUCCAUUUAUAUCUCUUUUACAGAAAAGCCUGCAAAAAGAUUCAUAUUCUCACAGGAGACAGCCCCCCUGCCUUUUUUGUUUUCCAGGGGGAAAUGUGAGGAGCUGGAUGAAAGGAGUUCCUAAAUAACAUGAAGUGCUGCUCUGGUACUGGCUGCAGACUCUGCUGUAUCAGCCUCUCGGUCCCUCUUUGCAGAGCACAUGGAAAAUCAGCCACUGGCUUGCAGCUGCCCAAACAGCACCAUGGGCAUUGUCUGGAGCAGACCCUGCCCUGGUUCACGCCUCUGGCAGAGCUGGCAGCAUCCUCAGCCCUCCAGGGAUGAUCUCUGCAGUGCCGGUGCAGCAUCCCCUGCGCCCCUGGAGCAGAGAGUGCUCUGACACGGGGCAUGGCCCUGCUGCUGGCAGCGGCACAAGCGCUGCUGCUGCUCCUGGCUCUGCCCGGGCAGUCGCAGUGCCUCUGCUCGCCCACUGCCUUCUACAGGGACUGCUGGGUCCGGCGCUUCCCGGGCCUGCGGGUGGACGUGCGGGAGUCGCGGCGGAGGGGAGCGCGGCUGCUGCGGGGCUCCACCGAGAGCUCCCCGCAGCACUGCGGCAGGGCCUGCUGCCUGCGGAGGAACGUCUCCUGCAAUCUAGCAGUGUUCUACCAUGGGGCCAUUCAUGAGAACAGAAACUGCCUGCACAUGUCUUGCCCAGCUUUGGAAAGCUGCAUUCUAAAGGCUGGAGUUGAUGUCAUUUUGUACAACAUCACAACAGGGAUUGAUCCAGAUCUCCUCAUUUUUGAGAAACUGAAAUCCCAGGAACCAAAUGCUCACCCCUCAGGGAGUAAAUCUGAGAGGCAGCACAGCACAAAGACCCCUGAGUGGGGAAGAUGCCGACAUCACAAUGCCACCACGCCAGGGUCUGCUCUGCUCCGAGCUCCACCUGCUGCCAUGAGCCACGGCUCACCAGCAAACACUCACACCCCCAGCUGGAGCCUGGCAGGGCAGAGAACUGAAGGUGCUGCCAGAAGGGCAGAAACGUCCCCAGCAGACAUUGCCUCUGCUGAGAGGACAAGCAGCAGGUCGGUCACCAGCUCAGACAAGGUCGCACACUCAGCUUUGAGCCCUGAGCCUGCCCGGGUGUUAUCCCACGUGCCCACCGCUCCUCGCCUGAACAGCAGCAAGCAACACCUCAAUGAAACCAAAGGCUACAGCGGGAGGAAUUCCACGUCGGAUAACGAGGCAGCUGCCUGGGAAGCUGCAGCUUUGGGGGUGUGGCUGAUUCCUGUAGUCCUGUGCUCCUCUCUCCUGUGCCUGUGCUGUUGCACUGUUGCCCUCACAGCCGGGCGCUGCAGCUGCAGGAGGGGUCACUAUAAACCCGUAAGGACAAGAACAAUGUCCAGACAGCUCAUCAAAUAUGCUCCUGUCAGAGGUAAUCUGUGAAACACCGUCCUGGCUCUGGAACAAACUGGAUUUUUAAAAGGCACCCCAUAACCCAGCUUACUUCUCUCACAGAACCAGUGAUAACUUCGUUCAGAAUGUUUUGGUUAUGAUUAGGUCUUGGCAGAUGAAGCACAACUCCCUGUCUCUUUAGGUAGGAAGCACCCACUCACAGCUCCCACUUUUGAAGCAUUUUGGUUCAUAAUCUGAUGCAGAUGAAUGCCUGACAAACACUGUAACACUUUCCCCCAGGUUCAGUGCAGCUGCAGAGUUGGCAGGUCUGUGUGGCAGAGAAUUAUUUACCUGGAUGAAAAAUCCUGCUGUAGUUAUCUUUGUGCUUGUCUAUUUGCCACCAAAUGAAUAAACAUCCCAUGUAAUGCAGGAAUACACAAGUGACUUAUGAAAUGCUCUUUUUGUUUGAAAUGGUCAAAAUGAUCAUGUUUUCUGCCAAAGAAAAGCUAAACCUAAACUCAGAGAAACACUUGGUAAAGAACUAGGUCUGUACCUUUUGAUGCCUUUCUUCAAGAUGAAUACAGCCAUUAAAAUUCUGCUUGUGUUCACUUUAUAGUCUCGAGUGCUGCCAAGAAGGCAAUUCAAACUUCAAGACCUUGCAGCACUACAUUCCAAAUAUAGUUUCUCCAGAAAAUCAGGGGAUAUGCUAAAAUUAUUAUUGCUACAUCAUUGCAUGUAGUUUUUAGGAUACAAGAUUCUCAUGCAGGUAGGUUGAUCUAAUUUAGAUUAGAAAAAUUAUCUUGUCUUGACCUAAACAUUACCCCAUAGCUUCAGCUGGAUAAUGUGUUUCAGUUUUCCUGGCCUAGGGUUUUGCCAAGCAUUGCUGAAUAUUCUGUUAUCUUCAGUCACAGAGGUAUGCACCGUUCAGUUAGAAUUAGUUGUUUCAUCUUAGUGAUUUUUAUUGGAAUACCAAUUUAGUUUUUAUUUUUGGAGAGAGAAGAGUGCUUAAGGCCUCUUUCUCCCUAUUUCACAAAAUAAGAUUUGCAGUUUGAGGCAGCAAUAUGGUAACACAAUGCCCCUCACUCAUUAAUUUAUAAUGCUGCAAAGAAUGCAUUUUUUAUUUAAGUCAUGAUUUAAUCAGGCCUCAAGGAUAAGGGAAGAUGCUUAAAUCCAUCAUGUAUGUAUUUAUGGUCUGUUGCUGAACUUGCAGCCACGAAAGCCUAAGUCUAAGGAACUUAGCUCUUACAGCAUCAGUGUGGGAACAGACUGUGAGUGUGGGCCAUCACCUUUAUCCUCUGUGCCAUUAAGAUAUUACUGUUCUCAGAUAAAUACUAAAGAGCUGAAAACUGACAGUUUCUAUCAAAUUGCAAUCCCUUCCUUACCUGAGACUUGCACUAAUUUUGUGUUCCCAGGUCCUUAAGUGUCCAUUCUUCCAGUUCAGGCUGAGCUGUGGCCUGAGUGCCCCACAGAGCAUCUGCUGACAGAAAAAUCAGUAGUGCCUCCAGCUUUUUUAACUCCUCUGUGCUAUCAGUGACACUCCAGGGCAGCUUGAGUAAAGGAAAAAAAAAAAAAGAAGAAAAGAAAAGCUCAUCUUAUGGGGUGGAUAUAUCUGUAAGAUUUUUUAAAACAGAAUAAUCAUAGGUAGUUAAACACUUGCUUUCAAAAAGGAGGGUUUUCACCUCCCUUCACUCUCAGAAAAGUAACUCCUUGCCUGCAGAAGUGAAAACUUCUAUUUGUCCCAUAAGCAAAUGCUCAUGGGACAGCAGGGAAAUUAUUAAACCAAGAUUACGUUCUGAAGAGAUUUGUUUGUUGACAAAGAGAGGAAAAAAAAAUUAUCAGAGAAAGGGUUAUAUGAAGCACAAUAGCAGAGCGAUUUUAUUACAGACUAAGAGAGUCAUAAGAAAGUAAAUAAACAAAUACAUUUUAGGUAUGAGGGAAAGCAAGAAAUGUGUAGCAAAAUGAUUUGUCCAGACAGCACAUCCCUUUUAGGCAAAUAUCCCUUUAUCCCUUCCUUGUGCUUGUAGCAACUCUAUGCCUGAAAACAAGGGGAAAAAAAAGUCCACUCUUUGGAAUGUUUAUAUGGGGGAUAAAAGGAAAGUUCCCACAGGUGUGCACAGGGGGAUGCACACCUCAGUCGUUUACACUGUAAUGCACAUGACACAUUAAAAGUGACCAGUGCUAAAGAUGUGUUUAUUAUUGUGCUGCAGAGCUGCUGUAAGUCCCUUAAUCUCUAAUUCUUCAGUUUUUAAACUUCAGCACAGGAUUCCAGAGGCUAAAGCAUUAUACAAUAAAAUAGAGAUGUGUAUUUACUUCUUAAAAAUAUGUGCUGUAUUUUACAUCCUUGAGGUUGGGAAGACUCCCACAGGGGUUAAGAUCCCAGUGUUCAGGUAUUCUGCACAGUCACAGAGAAAUACUGUCACCUUCAAACACAAACAGUUCAGAGGGAGAAGCAGAAAUGCAGAGAGAAACAUCCAAGAGCUCAAAAUAGCAUCCAGGCUGCCUUUUGUCCUGCCCACUGCAUUACACAAGUUCUGUACUGUAACACAGAAACCAUGAGUAAAAAAUUUUACUCAAAAUCACAAGUGUAAGUUUGAGUUUUAUCUCAACAUUGUUCUUGGCCAGCAGGCAUCAUCUGUUUUUGGGAGAGACACUUGGUGCUCAGGAGACAGUCACCUUAAAUCCUGACAGUGUAACUUGAAACAUUUAUAAGAUGUACAUAAGUUAGGCUUGAACACUUCAGAGAGAGCUGGGGCAGCCUGUGCAUUUUAGGUUUUCCACAAAUUAGCUGUAAAGCUAAUGAAAAAAUCCGUUUCCCUUGCUGUGCAGUUCUUUCUACCAAACAUUAUUAUUGGUAAGGUCAAAUUGUUUCAGCCAUGACUUCCAGAGUUCUGAUUAGGUCCAUCCUGUGAAAUGCAAAGGAAAACCGGGAUGUCCUCUGCUGCAGAGGAUUUUCUCACAGUCCUGAGUACAGAAGGACAGCUCUGGAGAAAAGCAAGCCUAUGGGGUUUGGGGGCUCUUAGGACAUUUCAGGGCCUUGCUCCUGCCAGCCCUGGACACACCACUGGCUCCCCAGGCUGGCUCCUAGGGCAGCCCUUGUGCAGGCACUGACAAAGCUAAUUAAGGAAACAUUUCUCCUGUGCACAUAACUAGAACCAAACUGCCUCUGGAGCAGAGCCAGGCACAGCUCCAGGCACCAGCCGUGCCAUUCUCUCAAGUCAAACUGCACUUCCUCAGUCGUUUUGGUUUCACGGCUGUUCAGAGAAUAUUUGGAAUGACACAGAUGUUCCCAUUUCAAAUGGGAAUUGUAAACAUUACCCUCAUUGUCCCUGGAUAAAGGAGCAACCUGAUAACAGCUGAAACUUUCCCCAUAUUAAGCUUCUGCUAAAACUUUACAUUAAUACACAUCCAAAAGGAAGGACUGCUAAAGAACCAAAUCAGUCAGUGCAAAAUUGGGAUUACAGGACAUUUUCAGUCUUAGCUACAGCUCUGGCAAUUCUCAUAGGAAUUAAAAUGCUGCAUUAAACUCGGUCUCUCACCAUAUGAAAACAACCUUGACCUAAGAAGAAUCCUUCGUAAACUGACAGUGUUUUGGCAGUGGGAACAGAUCCACUCCUUGGCUGUAUGUACACACAGAGCACACAGUGAGAAAUCCUAGCAGGGAGUGAGUCCAGCACACAGAACUGCAGGAAUCAAUUCCCCUCAGCUUUCAAUGUCCUUAUUCUUACACUGCCUCUUCUCCACGAGCUGCUGGCAGGCUCACAUGGUCAGCUCUUUUAUAGGUGUGCAGAAUCCUUAACUCCCUCUGCCCCUUCUUGAGAAUGACUUUCUCUCUAAGCUGAAAUCUCAUUAAGCCAGGAAGGUAGAAUUAAAGCAAGAUUUAUUUAUGUCCUUUCAAUGUUUCGUAGGGGUUUUUUUCUUGUGAUGAGAUGGCAAUAAAACUAAGAUUCCAGUGUUUUAAAUCAAUUUCUUUCAAUUGCAAAUUACCAAAUAUAAGUAUCCAUAUAAUUCUUUCUCUGUGCUACACAGGAUGCUACAUACUUUUUUCUUUCCUUGAAAAGCCUGGGUACAUUCAAGAGAGAAGUCAGCAGGUCUGAGGUAACAAGGCUCAGUCCAUUCCUAUUUAGUUACAAACCCACCUCACCAACUCUCAUCAUUCUUCUUGUCCCAGGUACUCUGGGAUCUUCUCCACAGCUGCUGGUUCACCUUCCCACUACCAUCCCAUUUUCCACUUUAUUUUACUCCUUUAUUUUAGAGACAGGUGCUUUCACACAGGAUAUUUGUUUGCCCUCACAAUAACAACUUAGAACCUCAACUCUCCAGACUGUUUCAACAUCUCUCCAAGUCAGACUACUAAGGCAACAUCAUUCUCAUUUUAUACAUAGGGAAAAAUCUGAAUGGCAUUUGAAAAGCAUUUAGAGCUCUUAAUUUUCAGACUUUUAAUUAAAGGAAUCA